GUUUAACAGGGAUCCAAGGCAUCCAACCCAUUGAAUUUCUCUAUUGAAGCGCAUUCAACAUUCUCCAUUGAAGCGCAGUUGCCGUUCGACGUUGAAUCUAGUUCUUGUAUCCCCCAUUGAAGCAGCUUCUGAGGAUUCAACUAUGAAAUCAGAGAUCUUUUCCCUGGGCCCAGGGCUGCCGCCCCUCCUGCCCUUCCUCAGGGACGGGCCUGCUCCGUAAUAAUUAUGAUUGAUAGGUUGAAUUAUAUUAUGGAAGCCUUCUUGAGUGCACAUGUUGUAAAAGUUCCUGUUUGUCAUGUAAAGCAGUUUAAUUACUCUUUAUUCACUCCCUCUUCUCCAAGAUUAAAUGGAAAGCUACAUCGGAGUGCAUUUGGGAUGAUGAAGAGCUUUAAAUUGACAAAUUCAGUUGCUGCUUCAAUCCAGCCUGUUGAAGCUUCAACCACUGAACGGUUUGACAACACGCUACCAUCCAAAGAAGUACUUGACUUGUGGAGAAAUGUAGAUGCUGUCUGUUUUGAUGUUGAUAGCACUGUGUGCGUAGAUGAAGGUAUUGAUGAAUUUGCCGAGUUUUGCGGAGCUGGGAAAGCAGUUGCUGAGUGGACAUCAAGAGCAAUGAAUGGAUCAGUUACCUUCCAAGAGGCAUUAGCUGCUAGGCUAUCUUUAAUAAACCCAACCCUUUCCCAACUCCAGGAUUACCUAGAAAAGAGGCCUCCAAGACUAUCUCCUGGCAUAGCAGAGCUGGUUAAGAAGCUUAAGGCUAAGGGCAUUGAUGUUUAUCUAGUCUCAGGAGGCUUCCGUCAGAUGAUUAAUCCUGUUGCAUCAAUCCUUGAAAUUCCACUCGAAAACAUUUUUGCCAAUCAAAUGCUUUUUGGAGACUCUGGAGAGUUUCUAGGGUUCGAUGAAAAUGAGCCUACUUCAAGGAGUGGAGGAAAACCCAUAGCAGUUCAACAAAUACGGAAGGCUCGUGGGUACAACACGUUAGCCAUGAUUGGUGAUGGAGCUACGGAUCUUGAGGCUCGUCAACCUGGGGGUGCUGAUUUGUUCAUCUGCUUUGCUGGAGUUCAACUUCGAGAGGCUGUUGCUGCGAAAGCUGACUGGCUAGUUUUUAAUUUUAAAGAUCUUAUCAAUUCCCUGGACUAGCUUCGCCUUCUAGAAAAAUUAUCACCUUUUUUUGCUCAUUUCCUGCUCGUCCGGUGCCUCUUGAGAGUGAGGAAGUGUAGAGGGUUUUAUUUCAGUCAAAAUAUACAUAACACAUCAGCUGCAACACCGUCCAUAACCCUCCUACUUUAAAGGUGUACACCACCGAAGAUGGGUAAAAUCUUCUAACAAGUGACUAGUAGACAGGUUCAUGCAAGCUGUUCCAUGUUGAGUUGUAUUUACUAUUUACGUUGAAUAUAUUAGUUUUUGUAUUUCAUUCCUAUAAACGGAGUAUAUCUGUAUGGUGUUUGGAAUAUGAUUAAUCAGCAAUGAAUGGAAAUAAACUUUUGUUGUAG